CCCCUCCGCGGUUUUGCAGGUGUGACCCCCACUCCUCGUGCGGCCCUCGGAGCCGCCCCGGCCUGGAGAAGAAUUGGGGCGCUGGGCCUUCGGCAGAGCAUCGCCCCCAGAGCCUUCUCAGCUGACUGCUGAGAGAUGAAGAAGUUCUUCGACUCGCGCCGGGAACAGGGCGGCUCUGGGCCCGGAUCGGGCACCAGCGGCGGCGGCGGAGGCAGCGGAGGGCCCGGCAGCGGUUACAUCGGCAGAGUGUUCGGCAUCGGCCGCCGCCAGGUGACGGUGGACGAGGUGCUGGCGGAAGGUGGAUUUGCCAUAGUGUUUCUUGUGAGGACAAACAAUGGGAUGAAAUGUGCCCUGAAGCGAAUGUACGUCAAUAAUGAGUAUGACUUGCAAGUAUGCAAAAGAGAAAUCCAAAUCAUGCGAGAUCUGUCUGGCCACAAGAACAUUGUAGGAUACAUUGAUUCCAGUAUAAACUCAGUAAGCAGCGGUGAUGUGUGGGAAGUGCUGAUAUUAAUGGACUUCUGCCGAGGAGGACAGGUGGUGAACCUCAUGAAUCAACGACUUCAGACAGGGUUCACAGAGAAUGAAGUCCUGCAGAUCUUCUGUGACACCUGUGAAGCUGUAGCAAGGCUGCAUCAGUGUAAAACACCAAUAAUCCACAGGGAUCUGAAGGUUGAAAAUAUCUUGCUACAUGAUCGUGGUCACUAUGUCCUCUGUGACUUUGGAAGUGCUACCAACAAAUUCCAGAACCCUCAAACAGAAGGGGUGAAUGCGGUGGAGGAGGAGAUCAAGAAGUACACUACGUUAUCUUACAGAGCACCAGAAAUGGUCAACCUGUAUAGUGGCAAACUUAUCACUACAAAAGCAGACAUAUGGGCCCUCGGCUGUUUGCUGUACAAGCUGUGUUACUUCACUUUGCCAUUUGGGGAGAGUCAGGUGGCAAUCUGUGAUGGCAACUUCACCAUUCCAGAUAACUCCCGGCAUUCACAGGACAUGCACUGCCUCAUCCGGUAUAUGCUUGAGCCAGACCCUGAUAAGAGACCUGAUAUUUAUCAAGUCUCCUACUUUGCAUUCAAACUGGCAAAGAAGGAAUGCCCAGUCCAGAACGUCCAGAACUCUCCAAUCCCUGCUAAACUCCCAGACCCAGUCAAAGCAAGUGAAGCUGCGGCGAAGAAGAGUCAACCAAAGGCCAGGUUGACAGAUCCCAUUCCUACAACAGAAACUUCCAUAGCACCUCGCCAGAGACCUAAAGCAGGACAGACACAACCCAACCCUGGAAUUUUACCAAUUCAGCCAGCCUUGACACCUAGGAAGAGACCCACAGCCCAAGCAGCAAUUCAGCCUCAAGGGCCUACUGCCCUGGGCAGUGGUCAGCCUUCACUCCCUGCAAGUGUCCCCCAGCAAAAAGCAGCACCGCAACCAACUUCAGUGCAGCCACAAGCCAAGCAGGCGCCAGCACUCCAGCAGGCAUCACAGGCACAGCCCCAGGUCCCUUCUGCUCAGCCACAAGCCACACCUCAGCACCAACAGCAGCUUUUUCUGAAGCAGCAGCUACUGCAACAGCAGCAGCAGCAGGCUGCAUAUUACCAGCAGCAGCAGGUGAUGCAAGCUCAGCAGUUCCCAGUGAUGCAGCAGGGAGCACCAGCACAGCAGCAGCUGAUGCAAAACUACUACCAGCAGCAGCAGAUGAUGGCCCAGCAGACAGCCAUGCAGCAGAAGACAGCAGCAGCAGCAGUUCAGCAAAAGCAACAGGCUCCAGCAGCACCACAGCCCCAGGCCCAGCAAAGUGCAGCCCAGCCAACACCACAGCAGGAACAAGCGAUGCAGGCACAAAUAAGGCAACAGCAAAAACCUCAAACCACACCACCUACAGCAGUUCAGGGGCAGAAGCUGGGUUCUCUCACACCUCCGUCCUCCCCCAAGACGCAGCGUGCAGGACACAGGAGGAUUCUGAGUGAUGUGACCCACAGUGGUUUUGGGGUUCCAGCCAGCAAAUCUACCCAGCUCCUGCAGGCAGCUGCUGCUGAAGCCAGUCUCAACAAGUCCAAAUCGGCUUCCACUACGCCCUCGGGUUCCCCAAGGACUUCACAGCAGAACGUCUAUAAUCCGCCCGAUGUCUCCACCUGGAAUCCGUUUGAUGAUGAUAACUUCUCCAAACUCACAGCUGAGGAGCUGCUGAACAAGGACUUUGCAAAGCUGGGUGAUGGGAAAGCUCCAGAAAAGAUGGGCAGUUCCACAGAGAACUUGAUUCCAGGUUUCCAACCAGCUUCAUCUGCAGCCCAGGCAGAUGCGUUUGGUGGCUCAUCUUCCUUCACUGCUGGAUCGGCUGAAAAAAUGAAAGACAUUCUGAGUCUGGACACUAGCCCUCCUCUUCUGACUGUGCCUGAUCCUUUCAUCUCUCUCCCAUUAUCUGACCCUCCAGAAAAACUGAUUGAGGGACUCAAAUCUCCUGAGACUGCGCUUCUGCUCCCUGAUAUCCUGCCUCUCACUGACCCUUUUGGUAGCACAUCAGAUGCUGUGAAUGGAAAACCUGAUGUAGCCGUUGAGAGCCUCAUACCGGGCCUUGAGGCUCCACUGCCCCAAUGCCUCGUGUCACAGACUGAGUCGAUUGCUUCCAACAGGACAGACUCUCUCACUGGGGAAGACUCUCUGCUUGACUGUUCUCUGCUUUCUAACCCUGCUGCUGACCUCUUGGAUGAGUUUGCUCCUGUGGCUUUCACGGCUCAACCUCACAAAGAAGAUACUAACCUGAUAGCAGGCUUUGAUGCUCCUGAGGGCUCUGAAAAAGUGACAGAAGAUGAGUUUGACCCAAUUCCAGUGUUGAUAUCCAAAAAUUCACAAGGUGGGCAUUCUAGAAACAACAGUGGAAGCUCUGAGUCCAGUCUUCCCAACAUAGCCAGGUCUUUACUGCUGGUGGAUCAGCUCAUAGACCUGUAGCAGUGACACAGUAGCAGACGCAGUUUCUGUAACGUACCUAAUCUUCCAUUUUCAUUUCCAGAGGAGUUACCUUCAGUUGUGGUUCUUUUUGUUGUGUUGUUUUUUUCCUCCUUAAUUCAAAGAAAAAUAAAUCUGCCAGCAGGAGACAGUCACCCACAUUUCUCCCUGUCUUCCCAUGCCCCAGGAAAGAUUCUGUCUCAGUUCUCCAGGUAGUCCUCUCUAAAGCUGGUAAAACAAACAAACAAACAAAAACCUGCUGUGGUUCCUUUUGCACCUCUCUGCUAGCCUGUGUCUAAAGGGAGCACCAUCAUUAGCCACCCAGCUGAGAUAUAUACAUAGCACCAUGGAAAGCCUGACUAUAACUGAUGUAGAUAACUGUAGCUUAUGUAUGAUCCCUGUUGUACAACAGACUCUUUUCUCCUUAGAGUAGUGUGUAAAACUGUGUUUCAAUCUUUGCAUUUGUGUUUCUGGGUUUGUUUGGGUUUUUUUGUUCCUGUUUUUUCUGAUAAAUGUGCAGGAGGAAGGGGACAGGUAAAAUUGGUAGGGAUGCCCCUCUCCUGCAGAGCACAGGUUAGGAGAGCUGGUGUUUCUCGAUUGCCAGUAUAUGCUUCAGAGGAGGAAAAAGCACUGAAUUCUCCUGCAGUAGUCUUGCUUAGUACCUCUGGUGAUGGUGCAUAUGAAGAGAGUUUUCUUGUCUGCCCCCAGCUCAUGGUUUGCGGUUUAACAAUCCUGUUUUUGAAUAGAUUGUGCUUCUUGGGAUGUGGGAGGGAGAAAAAAAAUGGAAAAAAAAAUUGGAAAAAAAAACCCACCAGAUUGUUAAAACUGUAAAAAUGAUUCUAAGUGAAAUAUAACAAGAUUUUGAACCAAAUAUAUGUGAGUAUGGCUGUGAUUAGCUUUCUGUUGGUUGACUUUUUUUUUUAGGCUGAAAAGGGCAUUGUGGCAGCAGCAGGUGUAUUUUCUGUGACUAUUUCUGUGUUUGACUGGAAAAAAAAAAAAUCCCCCUGCCAAC